GAAAUUUCAAUGCAUAAAUAAUCAGACUUCCACAUCCCCUUUUCAGUUUCAUGGGGGGCAUAAACUUCUGGGGUGGCACCAAAGAAGGCGAUAUCUUCCUGGCCCCCUCCUUCGACGACAAGAUCCUCGAGGUCGUCGCGGUCUUCGGCUCCGUCCAGAUGGCCGCUUCCAGGCUGAUCAACCUGCAGCACCAUCGCAUAGCGCAGUGCCAGAGCAUCCAGAUCAACAUCCUCGGCGAUGAGGGGGUGCCCAUCCAGGUGGACGGCGAGGCCUGGAUACAGCCUCCAGGCAUCAUCAGGAUACUGCACAAGAACCGCAUGCAGAUGCUGUGCCGCAACAGGUCCCUGGAGAACUCCCUGAAGUCCUGGGAGGAGAAGCAGCGCCAGAGCCUGUCGGCCCAAGGCGCCAAGCCGAGAUCCUCCGUCUCCAUUACGCACGACAAGGAGAGAAGCAGCCUCACGAGACAGAGCAUGCCCUCCCAGGAGAAAUCCUUCCUAGGUGUCAACAUCGAGAAGAUACGGCAGCACAGCUUCAGCGGAGCAGUACCCAUUCAACCCCACGAGCCUAAAGAGAAACAUACUGUCCACUUCGCUCCGCCUCCUGAGCCCACACUCCCCGACGUCCUCUUCUCGGAGGAGGAGCACUACCUCCUCAUCAACUUCAUAGAGUGUGCCACCACUCUCACCAAGUGGAUCAAGAUCCUCGCCAUCAGCCACAGCCUGGAGGCUGAUCUCUACUCCCUAGCCAACAAGGUGGACGCUUCCUUGGAGAGCAUCCAUCCCAACGGGAAGAUACUGGAGGGGCCGCAGCUGCGGGAGAAGUUCACCAAGCUGGUGGCGGACGUGAAGCAGCUGUACGAGGAGAGCUGCUGUUUGCUGCACGACAGGGGGGAUAAGUUGAAGCUGCGGGAGGACUUGGAGAAUAAGCUGAGCGCCAGCUUGGCCAACGCCGAGAUGGAGUUGAGGAAGUGCGUGAUGUAUGAUACGGCGAUGGGGAGUUUGGUGUAUCUGCAAGCUUUGCCAGGCGAUCAGGUUUUUUAUGGAUUGAACUAUUCACAUGUCCCUACAGCGUCAACUUCCGCCUGGCUGGAAUUCGCCAAGGCUUUCGAAGUUCUAAGUACGAGGCCUGUAGAGUCCUAUCCCAGUUCCAUCUUCGGUUUUGGAGCCAUCUGUGUACCACUUUAUGGCUCCAUCUUUAAGCUUAAUACCAUGGAUUCACUGUUCCAUUUUUUGCAAAUCAUCCUUAUCAGUCAAACCAAAUUUCAUAGGUCGCAGGUAAUCUUUACCCUUCAGAUGGAACACAAACGGAAAGGCCUUUUCUGGCUGAAAUUCAGAGCAAAGGGCGCCAGCUCAUCGCAACAGUCCAGCCAGAAGCGCGAAGUAGCCUCUUGGGGCACCCAGGAGGUGAUCACGUGGCUGGAGACGCUCCAGCUCUCCGAAUACAUCGACAGCUUCGAGAGGAACGACAUCAGAGGCAGGGAGUUGCUGACUUUGGCGAGGAGAGACCUCAAAGAGCUCGGGGUCACCAAGGUCGGUCACGUGAAGAGAAUACUGCAAGCCAUCAAGGAUUUGACACAAGGUUUAUAAGAUAUUUAGCUUGUAGUUUUCGGAUAACUGUAUACCCAGAUCUCAGCGUGGUGGGGCAAUUUCAAAGAAAAUAAGAUACUGAACUGAGGGCAAAUAAUCAAAUGGU